AAUUUCUACUGUAUAUUUCAAUUAACUUUGAUAUUUUAAAGACUUAUCAUUUUAUAAAUAAAAUUUGUUAAACUCGAUUACAAUUGGAGAAAGCCACGACUAUCAAUGUUAAGUGAUAAGCUUUGAAUAUCUGGAAAAUAAAAUGAGUACUUCAAAUACAAAUAAUAAACAUACAUCGACAUUAAAAGAGAAACUCACGCAAAAUCAGCAUCUAAUUAAUCCUUGUUUACGAGAAUAUAACAUCAGUUGGAAAUGCCUAGAAGACAAUAAAUACGAAACUAAUAAUUGCACAAUGCAAUUUGAAAAUUACAAGCUCUGUAAGAAAUUUUGGAAAGAAGUAGUGUUCAAUAGGAAGGUACAAGAUAUAAAACCAUACCUCCCUUUACCUGAAGAAAGAGAACAAAUAAAAGAAGAGUACCUACAAUCUCGCAAAAAAUAGUACAGUUUUUUUAUGGGUGUUAGGUUUUGCAUAUAAUUUUAUAGCUACUUUAUAAACGUUAUUUAUAUCUACAAAAUCAUUUUUAUCAUAAUCCUGAAAUAUAUAAGAGAUGUAUUCCUAAAAUAGAUAACUCUUUGUUCAUUUCUAUAAUUACAUGGAUUAUACGUAAAAGUAAAGUAAAUGCAAAACA